AUGAAACGCGAAAACUGCGAGCACUUCCAGGGGGCACAGUGGGCUCGCAGGGCCUGGACCGCCGAUCCUGCGCCCGCGAUUGGCCGCCCCGCGCCGGCGCGCCCACCCCCGCCCGUCUUCCCUUCUCUGCCACCUCAGCAAAACUGGAGCCUCGCCGGGAAUGGCAGGGUUCGGAUUGGCCGCCCUCGUUCCAUGGAUGCUUCCCGACGGAGCGGCUCGGAAAGGUGUCGGUUCCUCGCCUGGUUCUCUUCCCGUCUUGCCACAGCCCUCGUCGCCGUGGCGCGCCUGGUCAGCCUUCACAUUGAUGGCUUGAACCGCCCCACGCAGCUGACUUGUGGCCCGCAAGCCCAAGUUCCCCAACAAGAAACCAACACGCGCAGCGAGCCGACACACGCGCCAUGA